CUGCACACUCAUUCUUUCGUCCGAGAUAUCCUUCAAUGAGGCAGCUUUCAUGGCCAAGACUCAAACUCAGCAAUCAUAAGAUAGCCUCUACCAUCUUUAUCUGCGAACCGUGUCAGAAGACAAAUGCCGGCAGCCAUGUCUGGUCGCGUGGCCUCGCAACUAGUCGCAAACCCCGACCCUCGCGUGAACAGGGUCAGCCUAUGUUUGUAGGAGAUACGUCUUCUGAAAGAAAGAGGUCUCUCGUCCACGAAUUCGACAGACUCCCCGAAUGGCCCAAGUUACCUCCCGGUAUAAUUGAGAGACGCGUAAACACCGUUUCCAGGGUUCAGGAUGCUGUCCAGGAUGCGUUUGGCCGUGAAUACAAAGUGAAACCAUUUGGCAGUACAUGCUACGGCGCGGACACGGUAGACAGUGACAUUGAUCUGGUUAUCAUGGACCCGCGUCGUCCAAAAGGCUCUGCACCUGAGAGUCAAAAGCCGACAAGGAUAUACAAUGUGAGACAGCUCGGCAAAGUGCUAUCUAAGGCAGGAUUCAAGGUCCACAGCGUGAUUCCGUCAGCUGCUGUCCCUAUCGUGAAAUUCCUUGAUCGGCACACAAACCUGGCCUGUGAUGUAAAUGUAAAUGAGCGUUUGGGCUAUCGGAAUACGCAACUUAUCAAGAGGUAUUGCAUGAUUCUACCACUCUUACCUUACGUUAUCCUCGCCACCAAGCACUGGGCUGCGGGACAUCGCUGGUCAUCUAACAUCAAUAGCUAUACUCUGGCUAUCAUGUCAAUCGGCGUUUUCCAGACCCGCGGAAUCCUCCCAAACCUUCAGAAGGCGCCUCUUGAUGGGUUGCCUGAAGAUACCCUGUCUGUCUACUAUGCAAACGUCAAGGGAAAACGCGGAGCCAAGAAGGGAAGCCGCGGAUCCAAAGGAAGCCCCGAAGCACAAAGAUGCGACACUCGUUUUAAUGUCAAAGAGCCAAAUUGGCUGCCUCGCUUCUUUGUUAGCUCGCUAGACGAUGCUCUCUACAUCUGGUACAGAUACUGGGGCUACGAGCAUCCGUACCACGAAUGUCUCAUCGACAUACGACGUGGUGGCCUUGUUCGACGGCGGAAGAAGUGGUCUAGCCUACCUGAAUCGCCUGAGCCGAGGUUGGUAUCUUUGGAGGGGGAAGACGCCGUCUUGGCCAUGCUAAAUGAAGCCGAACAAGAGGAUGCUGAAGCUGCUGAAUUUCCUAGUCCUGAGGAGUUCGACGCGCCACUUGCAACAACGGAGCAGGACGAGCCGACAGGCUGGGUGCGUCAGCCGCUAGUCGUUCGGGAUCCUUUCUUGCGCUCAAAGAAUUGUGGUGCUCAAAUGAAAGAUUUUGCUGUUGCGCUGUUCCAAAACGACUGUCGAAAAGCGGCGGACGCGCUUGAGGUCAAGCUGAAAACCCAUCCCUCGUUCGCAGUUCUGAAGGGGCUACCGGCGAUCACUGUUGUGUCCCCUCCUUGAGGCCUCCGACUACUCGAAUAAGGCGCUCUACAUCAUACAUCGGGCGCUGCGCACGAAUAGACUUAAAUCUCGAUGGAGGUACCCUUCUUAUCAUAUUCUACAAAGUCAGAACACUCUGGAAGGUGUCUUACUCCCAGAAGACCCGUCGAAGUGCGUUGAUUUUGAUAGCUCGUGUGUUGUUACAACAACCAUGUCCCGAAAUCAAACACCACCGGGGCACGCAGGACAGCGAGUGACGCACUACGAACGGUGAUCCGCGACGGGUUAGUGUCUACCAGUCUCGUAGUCGCUUCUCCACCACAUAGACGUCGGUAGCAGCUCGCUAAUGUAAUAUACGCACUGCUGUAUAAGACGUACGUGUGGAUUCGUGUUUGGGAUGACCUUCCAAUAAAGCCACGG